CCUUCCCUGGAGUCGUUUGAUCCAAGUUUGAUCACGUCUCAAUCAAAUAUGUAGAAGCUCCAUCACUGUCGGGAUGUUCCAUUUUCGAAUUCUUGCUGUUUGUUCUCGAAAGUCAAAAUGAAAAUUUAGCAGUGCUCGAUCGGGAUCUGUUUUCAAUGAAAAAAGAAAUUGUGUAUUUUACAUGUAGUCUUACUGCCCAUUAAAGGAAUCGUGAGAAGUAGGGUUUUGGGAUGCCUCGUUCUUGUAGUGACAGCUUUUAUAUGCAGCUCAUCUAUGAGUAUCUCCUGCAUAUGGGAUUAGAGAAUACUGCUUCAAACUUAAAAGAAGAAUGUAGAAUUUGUGACUACCCAAUCCCUGAAGAAAUCUGUGGUGUACGAAGAUGUGACAUAAGUAAUUUGCUUCAACGUUUUGAUGAAGAGGAUGAGGCAGGCUUUUUAAAGAUAUUGAAUUCCAGUAUUCCACUGCAAGCAAGAAGUUCUUACGAGGGAAAAAAGAUAAUAGCAGACCUUCUUGUAUACUUUGCAGCGUUAUCUAUUUUAAAAGAUUGCAAUGAUCAAGGGAAUCCUUGGAUGAAACCACUGGUUCAUGCACUACCUGAGUUAUAUCAAAAUUGUGAAGCUAGAUCUGGUGGAAUGCUUGUGCCUAGAAUUCAAGGCAGCCAUUCCCAUACAAGCACUAACUCAGAAACUCUUGAACGAACAGAAAUUUUCAAAUGUUGCGGCCAGAAAGUUUGCACUUGUGAUAGCUCUAAGGAACCAGUGGUCUCCGUUAGACGAUCAUCAUCACAGUCUGCUGAGUCCUCUCGGCGAAGACCACCAGCUCACCCAUGCAUGCACUCGCUAUUAGAGUUCCUGGAGACGGAAUGUGCCAACCUACGGGAAGACCCCUACUUUAUGCCUUACUUUGCUCUCCCGUUCAUUGCUAGCCCCCAAACUCACUACCAGUAUAAACACAUAUUUCAGGGAUCCUGGCCCAAAAAUAUUCGUCGGAGGUUUUGGGAUUUUUUGGUACAUCAUAGACAAGCUGCAGGUCUUCCUGGUAUAGUUCGACUCCUACCAUCUUGUGAGGUUUUGAAUGUCUCUGAAAUACGAUCGUUGCACGAUGAAGCCAUCUGUUUGUCCGAGCACUCAAUCGCCUGAAGAUACAUAG